AUUGGUAGCAAAUGUAGAUGAGUGUAGAGGCCGAGUUCGAACUGAACAACACCUUGGAUCGGGUGCCGGAUCCGGGUCACGAAGUAACGGGUCUGAACUGGCCGGCGAACAAACGCAGGCGGAGCUGGUCGUCCGUCCGUCCGUCCAGGUAUUAUCAGGUGAAUUUCUGCAACUGUCGUUUACAUCUUAUAAUUCCAACUUUUACUCAAUAUGGCCGCCAAGGAAACGAAUUCAAAAAUGAACAUUGCUAUUAUUCACCCAGAUCUUGGCAUAGGUGGAGCCGAAAGAUUAGUCGUGGAUGCAGCUGUUGAACUUGCGUCUCGUGGUCAUAAAGUUCAUAUUUUUACUGCACAUCACGAUAAAAAUAGAUGCUUUGAGGAAACCAUUGCUGGUAUCUUUCCAGUUACUGUCUAUGGUUCCUUUCUUCCCCGUCAUAUAUUCUACCGUCUUCAUGCAUUAUGUGCAUACCUUCGGUGCCUAUUUGUUGCUUUCUGUGUUCUUUUCCUGUGGCCUUCAUUUGAUGUAAUACUGGCAGACCAGGUCUCUGUGGUUAUCCCCAUCUUGAAACUUAAAAGGUCAACUAAGGUUGUAUUCUACUGUCAUUUUCCAGACUUGUUACUGGCUCAACAUUCAACUUUCCUCAGGAGGAUAUAUAGGAAACCCAUAGACUAUUUAGAAGAAAUAACAACUGGAAUGGCCGAUUCAAUACUUGUUAACAGCAACUUCACUGCAUCUACUUUUGCAAAUACUUUUAAACAUCUAGAUGCUAAAGGAAUUCGACCAGCUGUCCUUUACCCAGCAGUCAAUGUGGAUCAAUUCAAUGAACCUACUUCCACUAAGCCAAACUUUCUUUCCAUUAACCGCUUUGAAAGGAAGAAGAACAUACAAUUAGCAAUUUCAGCUUUUGCUAUGCUUUACUCGCCCAACAGAGUUCUUAAGCAUCAAGCUAUUACAAAUGCUUCUUUGACUGUUGCCGGUGGCUUUGAUAAACGGUUGAAGGAGAAUGUAGAGUACCUAGAAGAGCUAAAAGAUUUAGCCGAAAAGGAGGGGGUCUCUGAUAAAAUAAAAUUUGUCACAUCUUGCUCUACAGAUGAAAGGAAUGCUCUUCUUUCAGAAUGCCUGUGUGUCCUUUACACCCCAGAGAAUGAGCACUUUGGGAUUGUUCCUUUGGAGGCAAUGGCAGCUUAUAAAGUGGUAAUUGCAUGUAACAGCGGUGGUCCUGUGGAGUCGAUCAAGAAUGGUGUAACAGGCUUCCUUUGCAGUCCUACACCACAAGAGUUUUCCUCAGCAAUGGCUAACUUGAUAAAUGAUCCCCAGGAAGCAGAAAAAAUGGGCAAUGAAGCUAGGAGGCACGUUGUCGAGUCUUUCUCUACAAAGACAUUUGGCACACAUUUAAAUAGAUAUCUAAUUGACAUUUACCGUGGAAAGGAGGAUUGAGUUUAACAUUGGAUACCAUGGUUUUGACCUCAAGUUGUUUAGUUGACUUAGUACUUUCGUUGUGUAUGUACACACAUGCAUACAUGAUUUAAAUCGUAAUUACUGGAGAUGAUGACAUGUCCAAUGUUGUAAAAGGCUCAACACUUUUUUUUUUGAAAGAAGGCUUAACACUUUUGGAUAUUUACUGAUAAUAUAAAAGACAUCGGACUGGUUAUAGAAUUUUUUUU